CUUCACUAUGUAUUAAAAGCACGUCGUAUGAUAAAUAAUCCUCUGUAUAGAAAAUCUCAUCUCACGUGGUACAUAUAUUUAAUUAGUAAUUACCCACUCGAAACGACUACCGAGUAAAAUAUUCAAUUUGCUCAAGUAACGUAUGUUGAUCGGUCGAUAAAAUGUGGCGUUCAAAUUGCAUUUUCGUUUUAAUAUCGUCGAUACUUUGGUGCGAUUUAAUCGACCGAUCGUUUGCCUUAUCCAAACACCCGGUAAUUAUCGUGACAGCUUUUGACGGUUUCCGGUACGAUUACUUUGCCAGAGGAUUGACUCCGACGUUGGAAGAAAUCGCCAAUAAUGGAACGAAGGCCAAGUUCAUGAUGAAUCAGUUUCCAACCAUCACGUUUCCAAAUUUUCACUCCAUUUCUACCGGAAUGCAUACGGAGACUCACGGAGUCAUAGGUAAUAAAGCUUUUAAUGAGAAACAGGAAUGCAUCGAGUACAGCUACGAAUUAUUCCACUAUAACGAGGAGAUCGUUCCUUUAUGGAAUUUGAACGAAAUGAGCGGCGACCAACGCUACAGUGGAACAAUGAUGUGGCCAGGAUCGAACUUUGCUUACCAAAACAAACACUCAACUUUUUACCAAGCUUUCAACAUCACCACCCCUUGGUUCAAAAGAGUAGACACCGUGAUAAGUUGGAUAACCCAUCCAAAAACUCCAGCUAACUUAGUCUACUUGUACUUCGAACAACCGGACGAGGCAGGACAUCAGUUCGGUCCGGAUUCCGAUCAAAUGAACUUACAGCUCGUACGAAUCAAUCACAUAGUCGAUUACUUCAAAGCCAAGCUGAUGGAUGAAGGACUAUGGGACAAGGUGAACUUGUUGUUUUUGGCGGAUCACGGUAUGGCGAAAGUUCAAUCGCAGGGAGUCAUCGAUUUAGAUCAAAUACUGAAUCCGGGCUCGUAUAAGUUCUGUGGAAGUUCGCCAGGAUUGCACGUUGUGCCAAAAUCAGGUUUGGAAGAUCAAGCCUACGGCAACUUGACCGCAGCUGCCAAUAAAGCGAAAACUUUCCAAGUUUUUAAACCCAAUGAAAUCCCCGAUAGAUGGUUUUUCAAAAGAAAUACCCGAAAUAUAGGGUUCUUUGUUCAAAGUAUCGAUGGUUACGUGUUCCAAGAUGCUAAAACUUUGAAAGGGGAUCAUGGAUACGAUAACUUGGACCCUAGAAUGCACCCUAUGUUUUUCGCCUACGGUCCUCUGAUCAAGAAAAAUCACCAAGUCAAACCGUUCAAUAAUAUCGACCUGUAUCCGUUCAUCGCUUACGUACUGGAAUUACAAACCCUGCCAGCUCAUAUUAAACCCAAUGGCACCUUAAGCACAAAUCUUAUUUCAAUGCUAAAGGAUUAUAAUGAUAUGAGCAAAUACGAGUACACCGUAGUGUGAUUAAAUAUUGUAUAGGUAAUUAUUACUUGAAAAUGACUCGUAUCUAAAUCUCAUUUAUUUAUUCAAACGUGAAUUCUGUUUCACACGGAAGUAUAAUUCGUUCUCAUUUGUUUUAUGACGUUAAUGCAUAAAUGUACAUUACAUAAUGAAAAAUCGA